AUGCUAAUCAGGCUUGCUUCUGUUUCCAAGCUUGUUAAGCAUGAACGGGAUUUACCAGUCCGGCGAAUCACUUACAAUGUCAAAAAGCUUUCGGGAGAUUGUACGCCAAGGUGGAACGAGUUUUUGAAACUAAACUGCGACACGCAAUUAUUUUUAAUGCUCUCUUUCAAUGGCCUUUCUUCUCUUCCAGACAAAGAGUUUAAUUGGCUUGUGGAAAAUACUCAAGAAUAUCUAGGAAGACGAGCUUUUCGUUCGAACUGGAUCCUGCGUGACCCCAUUCGAAGAACCGUAGUAAAACUGCCAUUAAAUGCGAGCACACAGCCGUUCCUUCGAAAAUACCACAACGCAGAAAUUGAUUUAUGCGAACCAGGAAAUAAUGAUACGACACCUAAAAGCUAUGGACAGAAACGCAUUCGGCAAUAUACGGGAGAUGAGGGAGAUGUACGAGAUAAUCGGAUGGUAGCAAAGUUGACAGAGCCGUCUAACGGAAAGAGGGAAAUGAAAUACAUGUUCACAAAUGCUCCAGUCGACAGUAUCUUAGUCCUGCCAGAACAAUUUAAACGGGCCAUUCAGAACAGCAGUCUCUGGAAAUGGGAAAGAAGCCAACAAUUAAGCACGACAGGAUGCUUGGCUGUGAUGUUCCCAAAAGACGAUUCACAGGAUGUUUCCUUCACAUUCUGGUGUGGCCAUGAUGAUGGGUAUUUCCUGAAUGAUCUCUUCAAGGUCCAAUGCGCGCUCUCCUCCUAA